CGGUUCAUUGCAAGCUACUCUCUUUUGCUCUUUCUCUUUCUCUCCCUUGAUUUAGUCUCAUUAAUCACAGUGCAGGCAAACUAAUUAGAUCGAAACCACAUAGGGGAGAGAAGCUUUCGGUUGCUCGGCAAACGUCACUCUCAGUGAAAGCACGUCCGUAAAAGAGAGAAGAAAGUGGCAGCCGAGUGGUGGUUCGCGAACCGAAGAUGUCCCUUAAGUUCUCCAUAAGCAGUUAUUACGAAACUUAUGCAUAUCUUUCCCACGUUGGUUUGAAGAAGAAACCCACUGUAACCCGUGAAUGUGUUGAUAAGCCACCCACGUGCAGUGUUCGAUUCUUUAGUCCGUCAACAUUAUCCUAGCAUCGUGUAGACGCGCAUCAUAUACAAUUAAAUAAAAACGGAGUAGAGCAUGACGAGGAAACAAACGGUGAUCGUGAAGCUUAAGAGAUCCAGCGCUGGGAAACCUUGGGGAAUACGUAUCGCUGGAGGCGCUGAUUUGGGUACGCCGAUCGUCGUCACCCGCUCGGAGAACGAGGCGCUCCAGAGGGGUGACGUGAUCAAGAAAAUCGACGAUUACGACGCGCGAGACGUGAGGCACGUAGACGCCCAGAAUCUUCUUCAAAACUCUGAAUCUAUAAAGCUUGUAGUCGAAAGGUCUGAGCCGUCGAGUGCAUCUCGUAUCAACAUUACCACGUCACCUCCGAUUAUCAAGUCGAACUUUGGCGACAGGGCUGCGGUCACUAGUCUACAAAGACAACCAAAAGUACCGUCGGGAUUGCCGAAGAGCCCUUUACCGCCGCCUUUGCUCGACGAUUACAGUCGACCGACAACACCACAGGAAGGUUUUAAUUUACCGCACGAACAUCUCGACGAGAUUCGCGAGGAGAAGGCCUAUUUGUCGCAGCCAUACCGCACAACUCCUCUGGUCUUGCCAGGUGCAAAGAUCAAAAAGGAUGCUCCACUCGGUGAGUGCUACCUUCGCCAUCAUCCGAAUCCGAUGAUCAGGGCGGCACCGCAUCAUUACGAACCGGCUCAUCCUGAGGUUGCUAUGAAACAAAAGGUGGCGGAAUCGGUACUUCAACGCGUCUUGGGACCGAACGAAGUUCCAAAGGUGGUGCACAAACAAUUCAACUCGCCGAUUGGUCUCUACUCCGAACAAAAUAUAGCCGAUACUAUUAAGUGCCAGGCAUCCGCCAUACCCCCGAAGAAACCGAUGAAGUACGACCCGAGUAAGAGCGAGGCAUACAAGGCUCUGCAAGAGGAAGUCCUUGGUGACACAGUGCAGGAAGUGAAACAACCGGCGCGCACCGGUGUCUUUUCGCCACAGAAAGUCAAUCAAAAUAGGGUACAUCACGCUCGACCGAAGAGUCCUGCCGGAUCAUACAUAAAUGUCCUUGAGGAAGACGGUGAGAAGAUCCACCAAAGUAACAGCUUCAAGAGGAUCAUGUACAGUGUGCUGGGACAAACAGAUUAUUAAUUUCUAAACUGAUAUUAUAAAUAUAUUUUAUUUAUAAUAUAUAAUUACGUACUUUUCUCUCUAUA